UGAUGAGUGUGCUGAAGGACGGCACUACUGUCGUGAGAAUACCAUGUGCGUAAAUACACCAGGAUCCUUUAUGUGCAUUUGCAAAACAGGAUAUAUACGCAUUGAUGAUUAUUCAUGUACAGAGCAUGACGAAUGUAUAACAAACCAGCACAACUGUGAUGAAAAUGCACUCUGUUUCAACACCGUGGGUGGGCACAACUGUGUCUGCAAGCCAGGAUACACAGGAAAUGGUACCAUCUGCAAAGCAUUUUGCAAAGACGGGUGUAGGAAUGGAGGAGCCUGUAUUGCUUCCAACGUGUGUGCCUGCCCACAAGGCUUCACUGGGCCCAGCUGUGAAACUGACAUUGACGAAUGCUCAGAUGGCUUUGUUCAGUGCGACAGCCGUGCUAACUGCAUUAAUCUGCCUGGUUGGUAUCACUGUGAAUGCAGAGACGGCUACCAUGACAAUGGGAUGUUUUCCCCAAGUGGAGAAUCCUGUGAAGACAUUGAUGAAUGUGGAACUGGAAGGCAUACCUGUGCCAAUGACACUGUUUGCUUUAACUUGGAUGGUGGGUACGACUGUCGGUGUCCCCAUGGCAAGAACUGCACAGGAGACUGUAUCCAUGAAGACAAAAUCAAGCACAAUGGUCAGAUUUGGGUGCUGGAGAAUGACAGAUGCUCUGUCUGUUCAUGCCAGAGUGGAUAUGUGAUGUGCCGGCGAAUGGUCUGUGACUGUGAAAAUCCCACCGUUGACCUAUUUUGCUGUCCUGAAUGUGACCCGAGGCUCAGCAGUCAAUGUUUACAUCAGAGCGGGGAGCUCUCCUACAACAGCGGUGACUCCUGGAUACAGAACUGUCAGCAGUGUCGCUGUUUGCAAGGUGAAGUUGACUGCUGGCCCCUGCCAUGCCCCGAGGUGGAUUGUGAAUUCAGUGUCCUCCCUGAGAAUGAGUGCUGCCCACACUGUGUCACUGACCCCUGCCAAGCAGACACCAUUCGCAAUGACAUCACUAAAACCUGCCUGGAUGAAACCAACAUCGUUCGCUUCACUGGAUCUUCUUGGAUUAAGCACGGCACAGAGUGCACCCUCUGCCAGUGCAAGAAUGGCCACGUCUGUUGCUCAGUGGACCCACAGUGCCUUCAGGAACUGUGACACCAACGACCACCUCUCACAAGCAGUUUCUGGUUAAAGAAUUUUCAUUCACAAAAAAAGAACUUUAGACCAAAAAUUGUACAAAAUUAAAACUAAAAUUAAAUUGGUUUUGUCCAUCUAAAGUGAAGAUAUUUGAUGAGCUCAGUUACCUAAAUCAGAGUGAAAUUUAUGGGACUCAAGACAAGCUCAGAUGUGUGAACCUUUGUAUGAGGUCAGGCCCAAGUCUUCUGGCUAUUUGUCUGCAUCAUCAUGCAGAAUAUUAAGUUAGUGUAAAGUGACACAUUGUAAUGCUGUACAUAACAAUGUCAAGAUCCAAAAUCAACUAGGAGGUCUUACAGGGUCUUUUGAAGUUUUGAGAGUCCAGCACUUGACCAGAUGCAGAGAUUUUUACUUAAUCAUAUUCGGAUCUGCACAAAAGUGUUUGAUUGCUCACUGCAGAAUUUAACAGAUGUUUAAGUAAAAGGAUGAAGCCUUCAGAAAUAAAGAACCUAGCAGCUAAGAUGUGAUAUAUACAGUAUGUGCGCUGAAAAAAAGAUAGAAGUUAUCGUAAAAACAAAACAAAAAAAAACCCUAAAAAAAAAAAACAAAAAAGAAAAACUGUGGUGCACAGGCAUGGCUUCUUAAUGUUUUCUGAUGGGAAAAGUCAUCAAUAUUUCCUUGUUUUACUGCACUUACUAUUAUUUCUUGAUUGAAUUUGUUCAGUAUAAGCUCGUUAUUGUGCAAAUUUAAAUAAAUAUUUCUCUUAACUUA